AGCAUUCUUUUUGCAUAGACAAAUCAAGUACACCGAAGCCGAAGAUCUUAGAAAGUUUUUAAGAUUUACGCUGCAUUAUAAACUUAAAGAAAAAGUAAAAUCUAGAUUAUAAAGUGUCAAAAUUAACAAAAGCAAAGUCUCUGCCAUGGAUAGAAAUUAGACCUAGGUUCUGUGGUGAUGGCUAGUGACACUACCAAAUGGACUGGGAAAAUAAAUUCUAUAAACUAGUAAAAGAAACUGAAACAAAUAUUGCCAAAGCAAAGGACAAAUUGUCUGGAAGUAAUAAAGUGCAAGCAUCAAACAGAAGGUUGUACUCAGGGAAUCGUUCAUCAGACCAUUUGAGAACUGCAGAACUACCAGAAUUGUUAUCAGUGCAGCCUACAAUAUAUAAUACAGCAUUGUAUCCAUUUGAUGAAAACAUCCUCUUCACUAUGAGUUCAGAACAAAGAAGACAGAUUCUUAAGAUGAAAGAGCAAAUUGAAUCUCAAAAUCGGACAAUGGAAAAAUUACAUAGACUGAUUAAAUCUUUGGAUCAAGAAAGAGAUUAUUAUAAACAGCAAAUAACUUUGCUGAAAGAUCAAGUAGAUCUACUGACUGACAAAAUAGAUUCUAACUUUGAUCUGAAUAACAGUGACAGGAAAAUGGCCAUGAUAAAAAAAGAAGUUAUGCAUGAAAUUGAAAAAGUCAAAUCCAUGUUACACAUCUACACUCAGGAAGUCAAGAAACCAUCUUUACCCAGAUCUCCAUCUUUGGAUUUAAGAAAGGAGAGUUUUUCACAUAAUCUUGAUCGACUACGUGAUGACUUGGAUUUAAUGAAUAAAAGAAUAGACAGAAUGGAAAAUUAUCAGCUUUCUGAUCCUGCCUUAUCACCUCACUCUUUAAACAAGAAAUAUACCUCAGUUCAUAAUCAAAAUCCUGAACAUUUAUUUUCAUCAACUUAUUCUGAUAUCAACUCUUUUGAGUUGCAAAAAUUGAGAUUAGCCAUUGGGUCCAUGAACUCUAAGCUGGAUACUCUUGAAAAGAAAAUAGACAGACCACACCUUACAAGUACUUUUAGCAGGAGAACUUCUUAUCAAAAAACUCCACAGUCUUUGAAUUACUUAAGGAAGUUGUCCUUAGAAAAAAGUAGAGAAGAGAAUGAUUUAGAAAGCAGUCUCUCUGACUUGUCAAGCAUUGUAAGCUUAGCAGAUGAAGAUGAGGAAUCCUAUCACAGCUCAAAACAUUCAUAUAUACGAGGCAAAAGUAAAUACAGAUCACAAAAGAGAGUCAAACCAGAAUUGGAACUAAGUGACCUUGACCUCAGCGAUGAAGAUGACUUAAGCUUUGAUGCUGAUUAUUUAGAUGUUUAAAUUUAAUGUUUAUGCCCUUUAUUUAUAGCAAACAAUAUGACAUUUACUUUGUUGCUAUCUCAUAUGCUAAUAUGCAAAUCACAAUCUCAGCAACUGAAAAAUAAUUCUAGAAAAUGGCCUUGAUGACCUUAUGGAAAGAAAAAAACAUCAAAGAAUGAAUUGAUUUAACAUUUUUUUUUAUCUUUAAUUCUUCUAUUGUAACAUUUUGAGUAUACAGAAAAUAUCAAGCAUAAAAAUCUAUAUCAAUAGUCUUAGGCACAAUAUUUGAGUUAAUGUGAUAGUUAGCUAGCACAUUUUUAUAACACAAAUAUCAAAAUGACAAUAAUUUUAGACAAAUGACCAAAAUAUCUUUUUUUGUCAAAAUGAAAUAUUUUAUUUAUUUAUUUAUUGCAAUGUUGCUUUUUAUCACAUCACAUAUUGACAAUGGAUUAUAGGUAGUGUCCCUUUCACUGAUAAAUGAAAUAAAAACUGUGAGGAUGGUAAAUGUAUUAGUAUAGUUGGCUGAAAAACAACAUUUUAGAGAA